AUGAUCGGUGCGGGAACGGUAACGAAGCAGACGCGUUUCCGCGAGACCACUUUUGCGAGUGGUGUGCCGGAAGCAACUGGUACGGCCGUCAAGAUUGACAAAGGAAACUUCAACUUUUUGAACCCGCUCGCUUAUCCGACGGCGGCAAGCGCGGCAGCAGCGGCGGCGGCAGCGGCAGCAGCAGCAGCGGCAGCAGCGAACGGUGGACCGGUGGGCAGCGGUGGGGGAGCGGUUGGCAGCGCCGGAAGUGGCAGCGGAAGUGGUAGCGGCGGGUCGAUCGGAACCGGAACCCUUGCCGGGUUGGGCGGUACAGCAACCGGUGCGGGAGCGGUCGGGACCGGCGGCGGUAGCGUUGGUGGUGGGGGGCCGGUAGGCGGCGGCACUAGUACGGCGGCUGCAGCGGCAGCGGCGGCGGCGGCGGCGGCAGCAGCGGCAGCGGCGGCAGUCAGCGGCGGCAACAGCCAUCCGCACCACCCGCACCAUCCCCAUCCGCACCAUCACCACCACCACCACCAUCACCAUCCGCACCAUCAUCCGCACCAUCACCCGCACCACCAUCCCCACUUUGGACCGUUGGCGGGCGGGGCGGAUACGGGCGGUUCGAUCGGUGGACCGGGGGUCGGUAUCGGGGGGACGGGCGGCGGCCUCGGUGCCGGUAGCGUUGGUGGGGUAGGCGGCGGUCCCGGUAUCAGUGGCGGCGUGGGGGUCGGAGGCGGCGCCGGAGGGGGUAUACCCGGUCUCAGGAUGGACUGCGACUACUCGAAGCUGUUCUACGCGAAACGUAAGUAA